AUGUGUGCAUUAAUCUCCUCAACAACAAGCAAAGAAGUACUAGUUUCGGCGAAGAUGCUUGAUAUCACUGUUAUCGGAACACAUCACGAGAUCGGCCUGGCAGUAGGUCAACAAGCUGCCAAGCAAGUUGCCGGAUCUAUAGACUUCUACCGCAUCUUUUUCAAAGCUUUCAGUAACUUGGAGUGGUCCGCUGUACGGGAGAAAACCCUAGAGUUUGUGCCACACCUCAAAGCCAAGUUUCCCUCCUACUUUGCAGAGAUGGAGGGAAUCGCGGAGGGUGCCGAGGUAGACGUUCUUGAUGUCGUUGCUUUGAACAUACGAAGUGAGAUCGCCUUCGGUCUCUUUGAAGGGGGUUUCAAACGGCAGACGACAAGUGCUGCAGUCGAUGUGGCAGUGGACGGGUGCACUGCGCUAGGCUGGAAGACUUCUACAGGAUCAACUUUUCUCUCACAGAACUGGGACUGGAAGACCGAGCAGAAGCCAAAUCUGAUCAUUGUUCGCGCCAAGCCAAAAGGUUCCGGCAUGGAUCUUCCUGCUUUCCAAAUGAUCACCGAGGCAGGUAUCAUUGGGAAGAUUGGAUUCAACGAGCACGGUGUCGGCUGCCUUCUCAACGGCAUCCGUGCCAAGGGCGUCGACUCGGAACGCAUGCCGACUCACUUCGCUCUACGGACUAUUCUGGAGUCCAGGUCAAAGACAGAAGCCUUGAAUAAGAUCAAAAGCGUGGGGUUAGCUGGAAGCAGCCACAUCCUCCUCGGCGAUAAUUCUGGCCCAACUGGUCUCGAGUGCACUAGCGUUGGAUUCAAGGAGCUACCAGCCGAUGAGCAUGGCCGUGUUGUCCAUGCCAACAACCUAAUUCUGGAGCAUGAAGGUGUUUUUGAGCCACUCUGGCUUGAAGAUUCGCCGAAACGAACCGCCCGUAUGCAGGAGCUCGCAACCCCGGAUGUUGGCGAGAACGCCGGCUUCGGAACCCUGCUGGAGCUGUUCAAGGACGAACAAAACUUUCCAGCGUCCAUCAAUCGGAAGCAAUUUGGGAAGAACGACUCCGGUACCUUGUUCAAUGUUGUAUUUAAUCUCACCGAGAGAAAGGGGGUCAUUUCCGUUGGUCGGACGACGGAGAUUGAGGAGCAGAUCGAGAUUGGAUUUUGA